AGUCCAGCCUGGUGGUUACUGACAAGCAGAUGAGCCCAGAGAUGACAGCCAUGGAGCCUGGAGUUUCGGGAAAUGGGCUCAGCACCGAGGCCGUUCCUCACUCAGCACUGGGGCCUGGAGUCAGCCUGCACGCCUACGACAUCGCGGUCCUGGUCAUCUACUUUGUCUUUGUUAUCGGCGUGGGGCUCUGGUCAUCCAUUCGUGCAAGCCGAGGGACCAUUGGCGGCUACUUCCUGGCAGGGAGGUCCAUGAGCUGGUGGCCAAUCGGAGCAUCUCUGAUGUCCAGCAACGUGGGCAGCGGCUUGUUCAUUGGCCUAGCUGGGACAGGGGCCGCUGGAGGCCUCGCUGUGGGUGGCUUCGAGUGGAACGUAAGGAUGCUGGCCUGGAGGAUAACGAGGGACCUGGACACCUUCUCCCCACUCUCCCAGGCAACCUGGCUGCUUCUGGCCCUUGGCUGGAUCUUCGUCCCUGUGUACAUCGCAGCCGGUGUGGUCACAAUGCCGCAGUACCUGAAGAAGCGAUUUGGAGGCCAGAGGAUCCAGGUGUACAUGUCUGUCCUGUCUCUCAUUCUCUACAUCUUCACCAAAAUUUCAACUGACAUCUUCUCUGGAGCCCUCUUCAUCCAGAUGGCCUUGGGCUGGAAUCUUUACCUCUCCACGGUGAUCCUGCUGGUGGUGACGGCCAUCUACACCAUCACAGGGGGCCUCACGGCUGUGAUCUACACAGACACUCUGCAGACCGUGAUCAUGGUUGGGGGAGCCCUGGUCCUCAUGUUUCUGGGCUUUCAGGAGGUGGGCUGGUACCCAGGUCUGGAGCAGCGGUACAGGCAGGCCAUCCCUAAUGUCACAGUCCCCAACACCACCUGUCACCUCCCCCGACCCGAUGCCUUUCACAUGCUCCGGGACCCUGUGAACGGAGACCUCCCCUGGCCAGGCCUCAUUUUCGGGCUCACAGUGCUGGCCACAUGGUGCUGGUGCACUGACCAGGUCAUUGUGCAGAGGUCUCUCUCCGCCAAGAGUCUGUCCCACGCCAAGGGAGGCUCUGUGCUUGGGGGCUACCUGAAGGUCCUGCCCAUGUUCUUCAUCGUCAUGCCCGGCAUGAUCAGCCGCGCCCUGUACCCAGAUGAGGUGGGCUGCGUGGACCCUGACGUCUGCCAAAGGAUCUGCGGGGCCCGAGUGGGAUGCUCCAACAUCGCCUACCCCAAGCUGGUCAUGGCUCUCAUGCCAGUGGGUCUGCGGGGCCUGAUGAUCGCCGUGAUCAUGGCUGCCCUCAUGAGCUCACUCACCUCCAUCUUCAACAGCAGCAGCACCCUUUUCGCCAUCGACGUGUGGCAGCGCUUCCGCAGGAAGGCGACAGAGCAGGAGCUGAUGGUGGUGGGCAGGGUGUUUGUGGUGUUCCUGGUUGUCAUCAGCAUCCUCUGGAUCCCCAUCAUCCAAAGCGCAAACAGCGGGCAGCUCUUUGACUACAUCCAGUCUGUCACCAGCUACCUGGCCCCACCCAUCACCGCCCUCUUCCUGCUGGCCAUCUUCUGCAAGAGGGUCACAGAGCCUGGAGCCUUCUGGGGCCUCAUGUUUGGCCUGGCAGUGGGGCUUCUGCGCAUGAUCCUGGAGUUCUGUUACCCAGCCCCAGCCUGCGGGGAGGCGGACCCGAGGCCAGCUGUGUUGAGGGACUUCCACUACCUCUACUUUGCACUCCUCCUCUGCGGGCUCACGGCCAUCGUCAUCAUCACUGUCAGCCUCUGCACAACUCCCAUCCCGGAGGAAAAGCUUGCUCGCCUGACGUGGUGGACACGGAACCGCCCCCACUCUGAGCUGGAGCAGGAAGCCAGUGAGAACACAGCAGGGACAGCGGAGGUGCCCCCCAAAGAGGUCCCUGCAGGAGCCGGAGGGGCAGACAACUCCAGCUGGGGCGAGGAGCAGCCUGGAGCCGCACGCAGGUCCUGGGGGAAGCUGCUGUGGGGCUGGUUCUGCGGGCUCUCGGGGGCCCCGGAGCAAGCGCUGAGCCCCGCGGAGAAGGCGGCCCUGGAGCGGAAGCUGACCAGCAUUGAGGAAGAGCCGCUCUGGAGAACUGUCUGCAGCAUCAACGCCGUCCUCCUGCUGGCCGUCAACGUCUUCCUCUGGGGCUAUUUUGCAUGACCUCGAGGGCCUGGCAUCAGCUGAGACAUAUUAAACGCAGCCAGGCCUGGCUGGCCAGAGACAGGCUUUCCUCCCACCUCACUGUCCAAACUGAGGGCAGAGGCUGCAGGACCCCUGGAGGAGCAGCCUGCACUCUGACACACAGAUGGUGGAGCCAUGAGGCCCAGAGAGGGCCCUGGGUUUGCUCAGGCCACACAGCAUGGCUCCCACUAGGUCUCCUGGCUCCAGCUCUUCCCACUACAGACCUUUCAUUCCUACCUCAAAAACACUGUUUCCACCCUCUGGUGAGUCUGUUUUGGAGAUUUUACUCCUAUUCAUGAGGUUAAAAAAGUGGAAGAUACAAGAAAACGCGUGGCAAGAAAGUUGCACGAAUCCUCGUGCGUCUUUGCUCCUCUGUAUCCCUUCCCUGUCCCCCUUCUCCAUCCUUUACUCUCUGGCUUCGAGCCCGGUCAUCUGCUUCCAGCAGGAAUCUCUCCAGGAGGCCUUGUACUUCCACUGGCAGCUCUGCACUGAUGGCUGUCAGACCUGGAGGAGUGAGGGACCAGGGUGGCGUGUAAGCAUGGUGACAGACGGUGUUUGUGCAGGGAGCUCCCCUCGGCUCCCCUCAAAUGCUGCCUCUUCUGUCCUCAUACCCAAACAUGCGCCAAGUCUCCAGGGCCUCGAGGAACUUAGAGUCCAGCUGGGAAGAUGUGACUUGGGGCUGCUCUGUGCUUAUAAGCGAGCCCUGCAGAGAUAGCCGAGGCGCCCCUGCAGCUGCCCUGUGUCCCCUCCCUCUGUGUGCCUGGCAUCUGCCUACCCUGGGAGACACCAUGACCUUGCCUAGUGUCCCUCCUCCAGGAAGCUGCCCGAUGCCCACAACUGGGUCAAGGUCCCGUUCCCCCUCCCACACCCUCUGGACCUGCCUCUGUGGCAGCACUGAUCACUGUACUGUGAGCUUUGCCUCCUCGACUAGGCUGAGUACUCCAGGGGCCGAGGACUGUGUGACUUUGUACUCAGAAAGCAGCAGGUGUUCAAUAAAGGGUGAACUAGUAAUUGUCCAAAAUCCUGGUAAGCUUUGCACUGUGGCCUGGCUGGGUGGUGAGUUGGGGAGCCAGCUGGGGGAGGAGUCCCCUUCAGUUGGAGUUUACACGCUGAGUCUCAGAUGUCCAGAAUGAAACCCUAGCCUCUUCCCAACACCAAAGACACCCGUGAAAAUGUCCCUUCCUUUUUCUGUCUCCCUAUCUAGGCUGCCCCUGCUCUCAUCAGAUGCUCUUUAGUGCUGCCUUUGAUCAUCACUUUAUACUAUCACUCAUCAUAAUACAAAUAAAAUUCUAGUUUUUGAGGUUUAAAUCAA